AUGGAUUUCUUCAAGUGGACUCUCGGAAUUUUUGCUCUCAGUACUAUGAUUGUCGUCAAUUUGGCGAACGAAGAGUUCAGUUUCUUCAAUAAAGGAUACCGUGUUCUUUACCGAGUUUAUGAAGAAUGCCAACAGCGUAACGUGGCUGUGUCAUCGUGCCUAAAGAAAAAGGCUAUAUCUUUCCUCGAUAGACUUGGUCGUAUCGAUAGUCUACCAAUAGGAGAGAAUUUAGAACUUAUCAAAGUUGCUUCUUCGGCGGAAAACGAAUCAAAGAGCUCGACAAUCGAUCUGGAAAGCUUAGGUCGCAAUAGUGGUGUUUCCAAGGAUGAGAUACUCAAUGAUAUUCUUUUGGAUAGAAUCGCAACUCUGUUAAAUGGAUUCAAUGUGCAAAUUCGUCUUCCAAAGACCAAUUUUGGUGAACUGAAACGUAGCAUCGAGGAAGGACGUGGUAAGAUGAAGAAGAUGAUGGGAAUGAUGAUGAUGGGUAUAGCCAUGAAAAUGGCUGCUUUGGUACCGAUUGCCAUGGGCGUUCUUUUCCUUCUCGCUGGUAAAGCUCUUAUCAUCAGCAAGAUAGCUCUGGUACUGUCGUUGAUAAUCGGUCUGAAAAAGCUGCUUAGUCAGAAGCAGAGUCACGAUUCUCACGGUGGAUGGCAGCAAAGUGGCGGUGGAUGGGACAGGAGUUUGAAGGAAGUGACCGCCGUCACGGAAGCCGACAGGCAGUACGCUCACAAUCUGGCAUACAGCGCGAGAGUACAACAUUGA